GAUUCGACUGAAGCUCGCCGUCCAGACCAUUAGCGGUAGCAUUUCAUCCAAUGCCAAAGUGAGAUGGUGUCAUCCUGUCUUGUUGGAACUACGCUUGGUUUGAAAUGGACUUUACUUUUUUCCCCCGGGGCACACCGUCGCACGUUGUUGUAAGAUCAUGAUUCCAGAAUAUGAGUAUGAGUGUCGAGGUAUCUCAAUGGACACAUUCUGACAAUAUAGCUACUGCAAUCUCCCUGGAGCUAUCUAUCAGUAUAGCUUAUAAGUGAACUGAUUAGAAGUAGCCUAGUUGGCGUGCAUGCUACAUUUAACAAUAAUGGAGAAUAAAGUUAUUGAUAUAUUUGGAAAUUGUAGCAGCAAGAGCUCGUCUGGGUCCGAAACAUUAUCUGAAGGGGAAAUGACGGCUAUUGCGAGCUCCUCGGUCUGUGGACAUAUCGACGAUUCAAGUCUAAACUCUUCAGACAGCGAAACACAAACGGAAAGAACGAGAGAGGAAAAAAGCGAGACCGAGGACAGCACUGAAGAAGGGGGAGCAGGGAGUGAAGAUCACCGAGAUUAUGCCGAGGAAGACGAGGACGAACUGAUGGAUAACAUCCUGUACCCUCCCUGCAUCCCCUUGCGAAAGUCCAGUAACCCCGAGGUGUCAUAUGGCUCAGGAAUCCCCAUGAAAUACAAGCGGCAGCUCAGUGAGGAUGGGAAGAGCCUGCGGAGGGGGAGCCUGGGUGGUGCCCUGACAGGAAAGUACCUGCUGCCCUACGCCUCCUCCCAGCCGGCCUGGCAGCUGCCCCCGGAGGCCUCCAACCUGGUGCGCAUGCGCUCGCAGACCCUGGGCAAGUCCGCCCCGUCCCUCACCGCCAGCCUGAAGGAACUGAGCCUACCCAGACGAGGGAGUUUCCUCACACCGAGAAGCUUGAGUCCAACUCCCACAAGCCCUUGCAGUCCAUGUAGCCCGCUGCACGCCUUUCAUUUCUGGAGCUGCAGGACGAGCAACAGGAAAAGUCUGAUUGGAAGUGGACAGUCUUCAGCGCUUCCUCGACCCCACUCGCCCCUCUCAGCGCACACAGGAACUAGUCCUCAAGACAGUCCAAGAAAUUUCUCUCCGAGUGCCUCAGCCCAUUUCUCCUUUGCCAGAAGGACGGAUGGGCGACGCUGGUCUCUGGCCUCUCUGCCCUCCUCGGGUUAUGGGACCAACACACCCAGCUCCACUGUCUCUUCGUCCUGUUCAUCACAGGAGAAGCUGCACCAGCUGCCGUUCCAACCCACCCCUGACGAGCUGCACUUCCUGUCCAAGCACUUCUGCACUGAGAGCAUCGCCGGGGACGACGGGAGAAGGGCCACGCCCAUGCGCCCGCGCUCACGCAGUCUCAGUCCUGGAAGGUCUCCGUCCUGCUGCGAUCAUGAGAUUAUUAUGAUGAAUCAUGUCUACAAAGAGAGAUUUCCUAAGGCGACGGCUCAGAUGGAGGAAAGGAUCCAGGAGAUCAUCCGGACACACGCCCCAGACAGUGUCCUCCCUCUGGCCGACGGGGUGCUCAGCUUUGCACAUCACCAGAUCAUCGAGCUGGCCCGGGACUGCCUGGAGAAAUCCCGCCAUGGCCUCAUCACCUCCCGCUACUUCUGCGAGCUCACCGAUAAGCUGGAGCGGCUCUACCAGGAGUCCACUGAGCGGUCCGAGAGCGCCGAGGUGACCUUCAUCAAGGAGCUGGUGAAGAAGAUCCUCAUCGUCAUCGCCAGGCCAGCACGGCUCCUCGAAUGCCUGGAGUUUGAUCCUGAGGAGUUCUACCACCUCCUUGAGGCAGCAGAGGGUCACGCUAAGGAGGGGCAGGGCAUCAAGACGGACAUCCCACGCUACAUCAUCAGUCAGCUGGGACUCACUAGAGACCCCCUAGAAGAAAUUGCACAGCUGGCCAGCUAUGACAGUGGGAUUGCUGAAACUCCUGAGACAGACGACUCUUCUCAGAGUCUCAGCGCUGCCCUGAGAUCUCGACGCAAGCCCUGCGAAACAGACUUCGAGUUGAUGAAAUUGAUCAGCAAUGGCGCUUAUGGAGCUGUCUACCUGGUGCGGCACAAGGAGACCAAGCAACGCUUCGCCAUGAAGAAGAUCAACAAGCAGAACCUGAUCCUGAGGAACCAGAUCCAGCAGGCCUUCGUGGAGCGAGACAUCCUCACCUUCGCCGAGAACCCCUUCGUGGUCAGCAUGUACUGCUCCUUCGAGACCCGCCGCCACCUCUGCAUGGUGAUGGAGUAUGUGGAAGGUGGGGACUGUGCCACCCUGCUGAAGAACAUGGGGCCUCUGCCGGUGGACAUGGCCAGGAUGUAUUUUGCGGAGACAGUCUUGGCCCUGGAAUACCUCCACAAUUACGGGAUUGUCCACCGGGACCUGAAACCAGACAAUUUGCUGGUCACCUCAAUGGGGCACAUCAAGCUGACAGAUUUUGGUCUGUCCAAAGUGGGCCUGAUGAACAUGACCACUAACCUUUAUGAGGGGCACAUUGAGAAAGAUGCCAGGGAGUUUUUAGACAAGCAGGUGUGUGGGACCCCUGAAUACAUUGCCCCUGAGGUGAUCUUGCGGCAGGGCUAUGGCAAGCCGGUGGACUGGUGGGCCAUGGGCAUCAUUCUGUACGAGUUUCUGGUGGGCUGCGUGCCUUUCUUUGGAGACACGCCGGAGGAGCUGUUCGGACAGGUCAUCAGUGAUGAGAUCAAUUGGCCAGAGGGAGAUGACGCCCCGCCCCCUGACUCCCAGGACCUCAUUACCCUGCUGCUGAGACAGAACCCGCUGGAGAGAAUGGGCACAGGUGGAGCCUACGAAGUGAAGCAUCACCAGUUCUUCUACAACCUGGACUGGAACAGCUUGCUCAGGCAGAAGGCUGAGUUCAUCCCCCAGCUGGAGUCAGAGGACGACACUAGCUACUUCGACACUCGAUCUGAGCGGUAUCACCAUCUGGAGACGGAGGAGGAGGACACCAACGACGAAGACUUCAACGCUGAGCUGAGGCAGUUCUCUUCCUGCUCUCACAGGUUCUCCAAAGUGUACAGCAGCCUGGACCUGUCCCGUGGGCAGCUGGAGGAGAAGGGCGAGCAGGAGGAGAAGAGCAAGAGUGCCAGCCCCCUCACCGUAGACUCCCUCAGCUGGACACCAGAGUUCACCGAAAUGCCGUCCCUGUCCCACUCCUCAGAGGUGGAGAGCGCCAGUCUCAGCCGCCGCUCGGGGCUGCUCCCCAAAUUUGCCAUCUCGGCUGAAGUGGAGGAGGUGGACGGGCCGCUGGCAUCGGCGGACUCCAGCAAAGUGGCCUUCACCAUUGGGGAAACGCCCCCGGAGGAGCCCGAGGCCACCACGCCCGGCAGCACGCUGAGCGGCUCCACCCUCUCAGUAGGCAGUUUCUCAGAGCAUCUGGACCAGCUGCACUCGAGGGGCGAGGGUGUGGAGAGCCCGGACACCUCCUCCAAGACGUCAGGCGACCUGGGGGCCCACGCUGCCGGCACCAGAUCCGACGCGGCUGACAAGCAGAGGGUCACCAGCAAAGUGCCCAAAUCUGUGUCGGCCAGCGCCCUCUCUCUCAUGAUCCCGGGAGAUGUGUUUGGGGUGUCCCCACUGGGCAGCCCAAUGUCCCCCUAUUCUCUGUCCUCGGACCCCUCCUCCAGAGACUCCUCCCCCAGCCGAGACUCCUCCCUCUGUGCGGUCAGCCCCCGGCAGCCGGUCAUCAUCCACAGCUCUGGGAAGAAGUUUGGCUUCACGCUGCGGGCCAUCAGGGUCUAUGCCUGCGACAGCGAUGUCUACACUGUCUACCACAUGGUCUGGAAUGUGGAGGAGGGUGGGCCUGCACACACGGCUGGGCUGAAGGCUGGUGACCUCAUCACGCACGUUAAUGGGGAGCCAGUGCACGGACUGGUGCACACUGAGGUGGUGGAGCUGCUUCUGAAGAGUGGCAGCAAGGUGGCCAUCUCCACCACGCCCUUUGAGAAUACCUCCAUUAAAACUGGGCCGGCCCGAAGGAACAGCUACAGGAGCAAAAUGGUGCGAAGGACAAAGAAACCCAAGAAGGAGAAGACCCAAGAAAGGCGAAGAUCCUUGUUCCGACGUUUUGCCAUGCAGCCCUCUCCACUGCUCCACACCAGCCGCAGUUUCUCCUCUCUCAACCGCUCCCUGUCAUCAGGGGAGUCCCUCCCAGGUUCGCCCACCCACAGUCUGUCUCCUCGCUCUCCCACCGCUGCCUUCCGUUCAACCCCUGACUUCAACCAAUCAGGUGGGACCUCUUCCCAAAGCAGCUCUCCUAGCUCCAGUGCCCCAAAUUCCCCCGCUGGCUCAGGCCACAUCCGUCCCAGCACCCUCCAUGGCUUGGGCCCCAAGCUGACAGGACAGAGGCUGAGACAGGGGCGCCGUAAAUCGGCAGGUAGCAUCCCACUGUCCCCACUGGCUCGGACACCCUCCCCGACUCCCCAGCCCACCUCCCCACAGCGCUCACCCUCCCCACUCUUGAGCCACUCCGUGGGCAGCUCUAAAACCACCCAGGCCUUCCCAGCCAAGAUGCACUCUCCACCCACCAUUGUGAGGCACAUGGUACGACCCAAGAGCGCCGAGCCACCCCGUUCACCCCUCCUCAAGAGGGUGCAGUCCGAGGAGAAGCUCUCUCCCUCCUAUGCGGGGGACAAGAAACACCUGUGUGCCCGCAAGCACAGCCUAGAGGUGACACAGGAGGAGACACAGGGAAUACUCACCCCCAAGGACCACACCCUGCAGAGCGUGGAGGAGACGUCUUGCGAGCCUCCUGCUAUCACCCGGGUGCGCCCAGCUGAACAGGGCUGCCUUAAGAGGCCCGUCACCCGCAAGAUUGGUCGGCAGGAGUCCAUCGACGAACUGGACAAAGAGAAACUGAAGGCCAAGGUGGUGGUGAAGAAACAGGAUUGGACAGAGAGGCGGGAGUCCCUCCAGAAACAGGAUACUCUUCUGGAGCCUGGGAGCCCUGAGCCAGGCCCCUUGGAGGGCAAGGCUGGCAACUCCACGCUGAAGGAUGCCCUAUACAAGAAGCUGAACACACGGGCAUGUGAUGGCAUUAUGGAGCCAAUGUGCAGGGGUGGUGAAUCUGUGUCUGUGAUCAAUGAGGGAGUGAAGACGCCGUCCAGUCCAAGUCUGCCAGACUGGGGCCCCCAGAAGGGGGAGAGGCCAAUGCCCAGGCAGGGGAAGGAGGCAGGCAAGCCUGAGAGGUUAGACUUCAAGGCCUCCAAUGUGGAGUUUGCCAGGAAGAGGCAGUCUUUUGAGGAGAGGGAGGACUGCAUGUGCAGGAUCUCCCCUACCAUUCAUGAGGGCCUCCACCUCAGUGCCACAAGGUCUAAGAGCCUGCAGCUGGACUCUACUCUAGUCAUGGACCAUGUAAAGGGGACUAUGAGUGGAGUCCACACCCCGCCCAUCAUCAGCACGGAGGCCCUGGCCCCAAAGCUGCUCAGCAGCAGAGGGGAGAGCGCUGUGGAGAAGCUCCAAAUGAUCUCCUCCACUGAGGGGCCCAUCAGGAAGACCUCCUCAGAGUACAAGCUGGAGGGCCGGCUUGUCUCCUCCCUCAAACCCCUGGAGGGCACCCUGGACAUUGGCAUGCUGUCAGGGCCGAGGGCAUCCAAAACUGACACAUGCUUGUCCAAGAUGACGGUUUGCCACCCUGACCAGGGCCUGGGAGCUCAGGGGCGCCAACAAAGCCAAGCCGAAAAGCAGCUGCUGGUCCACCAGCAAAAGGGUACCCCUGUAGGGGGCCAUGGACCCUCAGUGUCACUCAGCUGUAGGAACCCAAUCAAGGGGGAGCCCAUCACUGGGAAAGAUAGUACCACACUCACAAGCAAUCAGUGCAGCAGCAAUGCUGACAAAGGCCACUUUAGAACAAAUCUCUCUAGUGAAGCAGUGAAGGGCCUGGCUAAGUUGGAGACUGCAGACAUGUGUGUAAAGGCUGAGUCCAGGCCUGGUGCGAAAGCGAGCUUGAGCCUGGUGCAUGAUCUAAGAGCUUCUCGCCCGAGUGCCCACUCCUCCUGUGGCAGGACCCCAUCCAUCCGUGAGGCCAGCAAUGAGGACCAGGAGGAUGAACCAGAACAGCUUCAGGAAAUGGCUCCUCCACUCAAACCUGAGAGUGUAGGUGAGGUCCUGAGACAGCCCUCAGCAGCUAAGACCUCAGAGCUAGGAAGCCCUGACGUGACACUGCCUGCCAAGCAGACAGCCCCUGAGGUUCAGUGUGGGGGUCAAGAUGCAGCCCCCCUAUCAGAAAUCAUCAAGGAAAAUGCAGACUCACAAUCGGAGCCAAGCUCCAGGAAACAGGGUACACUCAUGUCUUCUGCUUUACGUGGGAGCCUUGACGCAAAACAGGAACUCCUUUUGGAGCAAACAGCCGACCAACCAAAACAAAAACCGGGGAGCUGCAACAACCCGGGCUCGCUCCAAAAUCUGUUACCAAAUGUCCUGCCGUCCAGGUCUACCGUCACUUCACAAAUAUGUGGUGCGAAUGUGAUGCCCAAAAAUGUGGCCGUCAUGGAAGAGGACAGCAGUCUUGCUGGCAUGCUUUGUGGAAAGGAGAUCAGCCCUGGAGACAAGGUGGAGACAGCCAGAGAGCCAUGUGCAAUGGUAGAGACAAAAGGCAAUACAUCAAAGGAGAGCACAGUGCCAGCUAAAACAGAGGAACUGUUUAGGUGUGAUGAAAAGGCCGGUAAUCAUGCAGCAGCCAGUAGUGUGCAGAAGCAGAAUGCUGGUCCCACGUCACCAAAGAUGAAGGGCUUCUGCCCUGAGGCUUUGGAAACUGCGAAGGAGCUGCUGAAAAAUAGGCCUGUAGAAAAGGUUGAGACCAAGCAAUCCGACAACAAAAUGGGCACUCCUGAUAAUGAAAGCCAAAACCAGAAAAAAUUUACGCCAGACACGACAAGGUUGCCUUCCGAUCCAGUACAAACUGUGAAACAGUCACAAUCAAGCAUGGAGCACUCAAGUCCUGUGCAGACUAUAAACCAGCUACUGUCUGGCAUGAAGCAGUCUUUACCAACUGCAAAGCUAGUAAAGCAGGUACAGUCUGGCAUUAAAGAGUCUUCAAACCGUCUACAGACAAUGAAGCAGUCACAGUCUUUCAGUAAAGAGACUGCAAGCCCUGUGCCAACAGUUAAGCUGGUACAGCCAGGAAUUAAAGAGUCCUCAAGUUCUACGCAGACAGUCAACCAGGAACAGUCUGGCAGUAAAGAGUCCUCAAGCCCUGUACAGACAAUAAAGCAGUCACAAUCUUUCAGUAAAGAGACCUCAAGCCCUGUACAAACAAUAAAACACUCACAGUCUUUCAGUAAAGACACCUCAAGCCCUGUACAGACAGUCAAACAGGUACAGUCUAUUAUUAAAGAGUCCUCCAGUACUACACAGACAGUCAAACAGGUACAGCCUGUGAUUAAAGAGUCCUCAAGCCCUGUACUGACAAAACAACACUUGCAGUCAUUCAGUAAAGAGGCCUCAAGCCCUGUGCAGACAGUCAAGCAGAUACAGUCUGCUGCCAAAGUGUCUUCAGAUCCUAAACAGACAGUCAAACAAGUCCAGCCUAGCAUUAAAGAGUCCUCAAGCCCUGUGCAGACAGUCAAGCUGGUGCAGUCUGCUAUUAAGGAGUCCUCAAGUCCUACACAGACAGUCAAACAGGUACAGCCUGGCAUUAAAGAGUCCCCAAGCCCUGUACAGACUGUGAAACCGUCACAAUCUUUCAGUAAAGUGCCCUCCGGCCCUGUACAGACGGUCAAACAGGUGCAGCCUGGCAUUAAAGAGACUUCAAGCCCUGUACAAACAAUCAAACUGGUAGAGUCUGGUAAUAAAGAGUUGUCAAGCCCAGUACAGGCUGUCAAACAGUUACAACCUGACAUUAAACAGUCUUCAAGCCCUGUUCCAACAAUAAAGCAGUCACUCUCAUUCAGUAAAGAGACAUCAAGCCCUGUACCAACAGUCAAGCAGGUACCGGCUCCUGUUAAAGUGUCUUCAAGUCCUACACAGACAGUCGAACAGGUACAGCCUGGAAUUAAAGAGUCAUCAAGCCCUGUACAGACAAUAAAACACUCACAGUCUUUCAGUAAAGAGACCUCAAGCCCUGUACAGACAGUCAAGCAGGUACAGUCUAUUAUUAAAGAGUCCUCGAGUUCUACACAAACAGUCAAACGGGUACAGUCUGACAUUAAAGAGUCCUCAAGCCCAAUACAAACAGUAAAGCCAUCUGGAAGUUCCACACAGAUCGUAAAACUGCUGCAGUCUGGCAUGAAGGAACUUUUAACUCCCACAGAAAUGGUAAGACAUACACAGUCCUGUAUUAAAGAAUCCCCAAGCCCUGUGCAGACAGUCAAGCAGAUACAGCCUGGUAUUAAAGAGACCUCAAGUUCUACACAGAUGAAGCAGUCUGGCUCGGUUUCUGGAAAACAAGCCCCUGUAAACCCCCAAAUAAAUCAGAAAAUCAAACAAAGAGGAGAAACAUCUCCUGUUUCACACCCGGCUUGCAAAGCAGAAGAGGACUCUGGGAGAGGCAGGGGUAAAGUUGUGGAGCAGCCAAUAGUUAAGGACAUCCUCAGCGCAAAACAAAAGGAGCAAACCUCCCAUCACACCUCGGGCAGGCCACAGGCUCCGAGGGAGCUGGCAAAACCCAGCAGCUGUCAGACAGCGCCUCCUGGUGGCACUCCAUCGCCAACGCUACCCAUAACAGCAGAGAGGAGAAAAGAAGCAUACAAGCACAAUGAAGCACUUUCAGGCAGGCCCCGCAUUGAUGCAGCAGAAGAGGGGGUCUCGCGUGCAGCCAUGGAGGGCUGUGCAAAGCAGCAGGCUGAAGGCCUCGGAGCAGAGCCUCAUAAGCAAACAGGGUUUGGCGGCACAACCAGAACAGAACUGAAACCAAGUGCGGGCGAAACAAAGGCCGGGACUUCUGAGAAGCAGGUGUCUGCUGGCAAGAAAGAGCAGGGUGAAAAGAAAAGGAAAGAAUGUGAGCAGGCAAAUACCCUGCCAAAAAACACUCGCAAAGACGCUUCAAAAACAGCCUCAACAAAUGACACCACAGCUUCGGAAAAGGACUUUGUCCGUAGCAAGCAAGCCAAGGAAUCAGCACGUGGCUCCACACUCAAAAAACCAUAAGAGGUACCUGAGCAGUAGCUGCCAGUUGUGUGGCCAUUUUGGUUUUUGGUUGUUUUUGGGGUGCAGUAUCAUGUUUGAGUUCUUUUGGAAAAGUCAUGUCUUUUCACAUGCCUUCUAUUUUUGAGAACCGGUGAAGCUGUUACCAGUGUUUGUACAGCAUGAGAAAGGUGUGUGUGUGUGUGUGUGUGUGUGUGUAUGUAUGUGUAUGUGUAUGUUUGUUUGUGUGGGAGAGAGUGUGUGGAUGUAUGGUAAAGGAAGACUGCUUUAUAAAUAUCUGUCAAUAAGAAUUAUCAAAUCUAAGACUGAAUGUAGACAUUAAUUUGCUGCUUGAUUUGAAUCUUUCGCUAAAAUGCUUUAUUUAUGGUGUUUCUGACUGUGUUCCAUUCACAGUUCAUUUCUGACAGUGUCAAAUCAGCAUUUUGGGGUUAUAUUUUUAUUAGCAGCAGAAAUUUGUGCAAUCAUUGUGAUAUAUUAGCAGCAUUUUGGAGGCCUUUUCAAAGGGUCAGUAGAUGCGUGCCAAUUUGGGUUUGUUUGGAAUUGCACUUCUAGUACCGAAUUAUAUAACCAUCUGAAAUCUUAAAAAACAAAAACAAAAAGGUAUUCAUCGGCAGUCUUGGGAAUGACCAUGUGCGUAUAGUUGUAAGCAAAUAAGUACAUUUCACCCUUGCUGGAAAGGUAGUCUGGCAUAUAAAUCAAAAGCGCUUAGCACAUCAUUGAAUCAACCAUUUAAAGUGAAUAUCAUCUUAGUGCUGAUCACGCGCCAAGGACUCUUCAUGCUGAUUACAGUAAAUGAAUGUCGCCAAAAUGUUUAUUUUAUUGUUUGUUAGUGUUGCUUUUGUUUUUGAAUAGAGAGGGAGUGUGUUUUUGUUUUGGGUAGUGGUGCACAGAUGGAAUGCACUGAGUGCUGUGCUUCUCACCUAGAACUAUUUAAUAUGGAAUCAUCUUAUGGUUCUGGAAUUUCAUUGAGUCAUAUCUAGUGGAAGGGGCCUUACUGUUUGGGAAUUAUACUUGCUGUUUUUAGCAGGUUUUUGGUGAAAUUCACAUUCCUUUCACAUACAUCUCUUUACAUUUCUAAAAAUUUCAUUUUUAUGCAAACUACUGUAAAUAUGAACAACCUAAAAAAAAAGGGGAUUAAUGGGCUUAAUUGUGAGUAUUGUUUGUUUUAUAUGUAUAUAUUUUGUUAGGUUGUAUGUUUGUAUACUCCAGAAUCUGUAACUAGUUAGAAAUCAUUUCCUCUGCUUGGCAGUGAGCUAAUGUAAUGUCUGUACAUGUUCAAAAAAAGGCAUAGGACAAGACAAGUAUCAUUUCUCUCAAGCUCAGUCUUUUUAACAAUUUGUAAUAUGUUGUGUUUUUACUUGAACUAAUGCAAGCUAGUGCACACAAACUAAGAUCAAAAGGGAAAACCUUCCCCAAAAAUGUAGCUUUGGAAUUAAAAUCUAAGGGCAUAGUAAAUAUUUGCCAGGAGGAUAGGUUGCCUUGGUUAUGCAUUCAUACAUUGGGAUGCCCCUAUUGUGGGCAUUGCCAGUGUAGCUGUGACAGUCAAAUCCCAGUGAGUGUUUGUUCCUUGUGACAGUUUGAGGCUUUAUCAAUGUGAAACGGCUGUAAAAUAAAGUUCCACAAGCUACAUUUUGGCAAAGGUUCAUAGGAGUCUCUUUUUAAUCAGUCUGAAAUAUUUUGGGGAGAAUGUAUCCCGCUAUUUAAACACGUGUUUCUUGAGAUACAGUACAAAAUAGGAAAACGCACUUCUAUUCAAAGCACUCAUUUAAAAUUCAGGAGUAACCUUCUAUCAAUACAGAUUCACCAGUAUUUUGUUUCUGCCUAGUCAUAUUGUCUUCUGUGAUUUCAGUACACACAAGACAACAUUUAAAAAUGCAAAAACACAUGUAGUAAGCUGAAGAGAUGAAAAACUGAUAAUCAUAUCUGGACAGUGCAAACAAAUUUAUUCACACUUGUAUUAGAAUUAAAAGCUAAACUGGAUAUGCAUGUUCAAUGUACAACAACUCCUGCUGUAAACUUGCAGUGUUAGUCAGAUUCACUUUCCUUUUUUUUUUUAGUUAAGAUGGAGGUCAAAUACUUUUUUGUUUGGACAUUCCAACUGAAAAGGCCACCAUUGUUCUUCCAAUCACAUUUAAGAAAGGGUAGUGAGCACAUGCAUAUGGGCAUAUAAAUCAUUUUUCAUAUUGCUAACAUGAUCAGAUGUAGUGGGUUAUUGAUUUAUUUCAACAUAAAUGAAAGGAUACAAAUUUGAAUCUAAUUUGAUGGGCUUGCCAAACAAAUAUCUUCCAUCUUUUCAGUUCUGUCUCUUGAAAACAUUUAUGAUAACAUGCACCCAUUCUCAAUAAGUUUUUCCUCUUUUGUCCUUUCUUAAGCCAUGGCAUCGCUAACAUCUGCUCAAACACUGUUUCAGCGGGCAGUGUCAAACCUCUAAACACUGUAUACCCCUAAUUUGAGAGAGAUUGAAAUUAUACACACACUAUUAAUACAUGUAAUGUUGACUAUGCUGAAUCUUAUAGAUACUGUGUCUAAAAAAUAAUAUCUAAAUGUAUGCCUAUAAUUGGAAAAAAAUCAUUAGAAAUAGGAAAUAGAAUUUAGGAAUGAACUACAUUAGCAGAAAAUAAUGCUCAGACACUGAAGUGUUUUAAAAAAAAAAAUAUUAAAAUGCAUUUUUACUAAUUCCAUAAUUAUUACCAUCAUGUAUUUUGAGAUGGCAGGGAAGACCUUAAUUUAUGCACCUUAAUUAAACUGAGAUUCCGCACACCCCUUUAAUGAAAUGUAUGGGAAGAGCCAAAUAGCAUUGUUGAAAUGAGGGGGGACACGUGCAGUAUCUUGUGUUGUUUUUUAGUGUAUACUCAUUCAGCAGCUAAAAUAAUAAAAAAUAAAGAUAAUAAAAAAUAAAAACCACAUGACUGGGAGCGAUGGAACGCCUGUCUGUCCCCUUGCCUUUUCUCUGUUCCUCUUCUGAAGACCGCCCCAUUUGAACCCUGAAAGCACAUUCAAUGUUUGUUUACAGAUACUUCAUGGAUGUAUAUUUUGUAUAUUGUAUUAUUCAUUUGCCAAAUCUAUGUGCUGCAUCACACGGUGUAAUACGGUGAAUAGUAUAUGUAGCUUGUGCCUCAUCCUCCCAGCCAAGCCGUGCUGUAAAAGACUAAAGUCUAUGUGGUUGCCAGUUCAAAUCCGUGUGAAUUACUGUACCUGUCCAGUUCCGUAUGGUCUUUCGCUGUUUUUUUUCUUUUUUUCUUUUGUUUAAUUUACAUUUUUUGUGUGUAAAAACUAGUAUUAGAUGAAUUUGCUUAUUUACUGUGCGUCUUUUAGGAUCUGUGCAAUAAAGAAGUGUUUGCAUUUUGUAUUUUGCCCAAGGAAAGCUCUAUGGAUGUCAUAGAUGUUGUAUAUUAAACAGAUAUUUAUACUUCUAAAGUUGCAUAACACUAAAAAUAAAAAGCAUGACAAAAUUG